AAACUGAUAAGCAAUCCUUAGAGGUUGAUAAGAUAGCUAAAAAUUCCAAGUAUUGUACAAAACAUCUGGAUCAUCAUAAGUACACUUCAAAGCCCAUUAAUAUGCAAGGGAUCUCGAAAGCAUUAUUGAAAAUAGCAUUGGCUGCACUCCAAUAG